AUGUCUAAUGCACCACAACAGCCAAUAGACCUUCAUGCCCUGGAGAAAUAUUUUGCUCGUGUGCUACCCAUAAUCCGAGCUCCUCUAGAAUUUGAGGUGGGACAGUCUAACCCAACCUACAAAAUCACGGAUUCUGGUGGUGUGUCAUACGUCUUACGAAAGAAGCCACCAGGAAAGCUCCUCUCCAGGGCUGUCCAUCAGAUUGAACGGGAAUAUAGCUUGCUAUCUGCUCUGCAGAAUACGGAUGUCCCGGUCCCUAGGAUGUACUGUUUGUACGAAGAUGACGACAUUCUCGGAACACCUUUCUAUGUUAUGCAAUUUUUGGAUGGUCGAAUCUUCACCUACUCUACUAUGCCGGGAGUGACUCCGGUAGAAAGGACAGAUUUGUGGAGGGAUGCUGUGCCCGUGUUGGGUAAAAUCCAUACCACCAAAACCCACUCCAACGGGCUGCAAAAUUUUGGUAAGCAAGGCGGGUACUAUGACCGUCAGUCGUCGACAUUUACGACACUAUCACGAGCACAGGAAAAGGUGGAAGACCCCUUGACAAGGGCACCGAUAGGAGAGUUAUUACACCUCGCCGAGAUGAUCGAGUUUUUCUCCCGCCACGAUGUUCGACCCCGAGAUCGACAUGCUAUAGUCCAUGGUGAUUAUAAGAUUGAUAACCUGAUCUUUCGUCCCACAGAAUCACGAGUAAUCGGGGUUUUUGAUUGGGAAAUUCGUCUAGGCCAAAACGUGGUGGGGUUUUGCUCUGGGGAGGUAAUGGGAUUACCUAGUCGCGCGCAGUGCGGCGAUGCAUUCUUCGCAUUCAGAAUCACCGUUAUCUUGCAGAGCGUGGCCGCCAGGCAUGUCCAGCGGCAGACAACCAGUCCUGACUCGGCAAAAUAUGCUUCAGAGUUGAAGCCUGCAGCGAAGGAUACCUGGGAACUAGUUAGACAAGCGAAGAUUGGAUCUAGAAGGGGAAGAUUGUGA